AUGGGUGUGCUUCCGUGGCGCAAUCGGUUAGCGCGUUCGGCUGUUAACCGAAAGGUUGGUGUUACAAGUCCUUUCCUUAGUCUGCAAUACAAUGAUUGCAGUUUGAAGAAAGAAGCUCAAAAGUUCAUACCAGAAAUUCAUGCGACCCUUUUGUCAAUGAAGGGUGUUCGAAAUGGAUAUCCGAUAGUAAUGCCAACAAAUUUAGAAUGGAGUGAAGUAGUGGAAAAAAUUGUUGUUUUAUGUACGAAUACUCCUGAAGGAGAAUUUGUAACAUUAUCUGACAGCUCGCUUGUGAUUUCGAAUGUACACAUGUAUAAAUUGUUGACUCGUGAAGCUGAAAUACUUGAAGUUCUGUCAGGUGAGCCUGGAACGGAGAAUCAUACAACUGCAGGAUCACUGCUAUGGGAAUUACCAUGCAGCGAAUUUGAUGGAAUUUGGGAAAAUUUAAUUUUUAAUGAUUGCAUCAAGGAUGAGCUUCUUUCUUACGUUGAUGCAUUGGUUAGGCUUUCUGAAAAAAAUGCAAAUUCUUCGGUACUGAGGGUUAAUCGAUUAAUUUUACUACAUGGACCACCGGGCACAGGCAAGACAUCACUUUGUAAAGCACUGGCUCAGAAACUCUCUAUUCGAUUUAGUCAGAAAUACUGCAAAGUACAUUUUGUAGAAAUUAACAGUCAUGGCCUUUUUUCGAAAUUUUUCUCUGAGAGUGGUAAACUGAUACAGAACAUGUUUGGGCAAAUCGAAGAACUUGCAGAGGAUCAGAGAGCUUUUGUAUUUGUACUUAUUGAUGAAGUAGAAAGUCUGACCAUAGCUCGGGGAACUCUUUUAAAUCGAAAUGAACCAACAGAUGCUAUCCGUGCUGUAAAUGCUGUCCUCACUCAAGUAGAUCAUAUACGCCGUCGUAGCAACGUUUUCAUUUUCACAACUUCUAACUUGAUUCAGAGUCUAGAUGAAGCUUUUACUGAUAGAACAGAUUUGAGUCGAUUGGUUAGUUAUCCAUCACCAGAUGCAAUUUAUGCAAUAUUUUGUUCGUGUAUUACGGAAUUGCAGCGCAUUGGAAUUGUGGAAUCAGCCUCCUGGACAACCGAACAAUGUACCGAUGACCAACAUAAGGAGAAGCUCAUGCAGUUAUCAAGAAGAUCUUAUGGUUUAAGCGGUCGAAGUUUACGACAGCUACCUGUUAUCGCAUAUUCCAAAUUACCCGUGGAACAGUUAUCUAUAAGCCAAUAUCUAGAUGUGUUAGAAAAAGCACUGGAAGAGAAACUCGCCGAAAUUGCAAUACGUUUGCCCUGA